AUUGUGAGGUGAGGCCAGCUGCGUGGGUGCUAAACGUUGCAGCAGGGGGGAGAGAGUUUUUAGAGAGAGGGAAUGACUCUCAUGCGAAGAGUCUCUGCGAGCCUCCCCCAAGUUGUUGGAUUUGCAAGCAGGUCCUUCAAAUCCUUCAGAAUCCCGGGAGAUCCCCUGGAUUCCUCAAGCUCUUCUGCUGUCACCCACGGAAUCCACGUCUUCCAGUGCCCUGAUGCGGUUGGGAUUGUUGCAAAGCUGUCGGAUUGUAUAGCUAGUAGGGGGGGAAACAUACUCGGCGCCGAUGUUUUCGUACCCCAAAACAAGCACGUGUUCUAUUCUAGAAGUGAGUUUAUUUUUGAUCCUGUUAAAUGGCCACGGGAACAAAUGGAUGAAGACUUCAUUAAGCUGUCAAAAAUAUUCAAUGCUAUGAGAUCUGUCGUCCGGGUGCCAAAUCAAGACUCCAAAUAUAAGAUUGCUGUCCUUGCUUCGAAGCAGGACCAUUGCCUGGUUGAUUUGUUACACGGUUGGCAGGAUGGAAGACUUCCAGUAGAAAUAACUUGUGUAAUAAGUAAUCAUGAUAGAGGUUCAAACACCCAUGUGACUCGUUUUCUUGAAAGGCAUGGUGUUCCUUAUCAUUAUCUACCCACAGCCAAAGAGAACAAGAGAGAAGGGGAGAUCUUGGAAUUGGUCCAGAAUACUGAUUUUUUAGUACUUGCUAGGUACAUGCAGUUACUAUCUGGUAAUUUCUUAAAGAGCUACGGAAAGGAUAUAAUAAAUAUUCACCAUGGUCUUUUGCCAUCAUUCAAGGGCGGGAACCCAUCUAAACAGGCAUUUGAUGCAGGUGUGAAAUUGAUUGGUGCAACAAGUCACUUUGUGACUGAAGAACUUGAUGCAGGGCCUAUUAUUGAACAGAUGGUUGAGAGAGUUUCCCACAGAGAUAACUUGCAGAGUUUUGCGCAGAAAUCAGAGAACCUUGAGAAACAAUGCCUUUUAAAGGCAAUAAAGUCAUACUGUGAGCUGCGAGUGUUACCUUAUGAGCAAAACAGGACUGUUGUAUUUUGAGGGAAAGAAGGGCAUGAAGCGGUUGAAAGGGGGUGCGAAGUUCGAACUGUACGUACAUUAACUUCUUCAUUCGAAAUGUUGUAAUUUAGGAAUCUAAUAACAUGUACAAGCAAGGUUCCAUACUUUUUAUUUCUGAAUCAAUACAUGAACGAUAAGAAAUUUGUGGAAGACUGUUGUUUUGAUAAGUAAUUAUAUAUACAUCUGUGAAUUUCUGUGGAGGAAAAUUAUCAAUGAUGCAUUCAGGCAUCUUUUGCUUC